GCUUGCCGCACUGAUCUCUGUUUGCAGCAUCCCCAGAGCAACCUCUGCUGUGUGAAAUACAAGAAAGGGCAAGACGACGGGAGUAGAUCCUAGGAGGCUAUCAAAGAACUGGAAAGGAAGAUCUUGGGGGUUACCAGGGUAGGGUUUCUUUGACGUGUGGAAACCAUCUUCAGAGAAAAUGGCUGUUUUGUCAAUGUAAACAGCUUGUCCAAUACCUGCAUUGCUAAAGGGGGAAGCAGAAGAGGAGGAGGGGCAAAUACUGGAGCAAAUGUUGCCUCUUACAGUGAAAAUUCUCUGUCUUUAGCUGCCCCUAGUCUGCCGCAGGUCACCUCUGAGCAUGCAUGUUGUAUGUUAAGGUUUUAUUUUACAGAUCUUAUGGCCAAAGCACCGUCGAUGCCUCAGGAGACGUCGGACCAGCACGAAGACACUUUUGCUGAUCAUGACACACACUAGAAGCUGAGCAGUAUAACAGCAUCUACACAAAUAGUGAAGAUCCACACUCCAGUUGGAACAGCUACACUCGAACAUGGCUGCAAAUGGAACUAGGACAACUACAAGUUUUUUCUCAACAACUGCCACAACCCCUACAACCUCCACGAUCCCCUUCCUCUCGACAAGUCCUGGAAGCAGAGACAAUAUCACCUCAAGAAUGUUAAUGACUGUGACUAUAACGACAAAUGAGACCAAUUUGAAUGCCACCGCGUUGCCAGAAGUCGUGAUUGAGAGCUCAGGCAUGGGAAUGUUGCUUGUACCUUUUGGCAUCAUCACAGUCAUUGGCUUAGCAGUGGCAAUAAUGCUGUAUAUCAGGAAACGGAAGCGGUUGGAGAAAUUGAGACACCAGCUCAUGCCCAUGUACAACUUCGAUCCAGCUGAAGAACAAGAUGACCUGCUGGAACAGGAACUACUGGAUCACGGUCGGGAAGGCAGCAUCACAGGGCCCAACGCCAAGUUUUGACAAUGGCAUAGUUAUAAAAGGCAAAAAAUGACUCUUACAAGCUCCCAAGGGACAACACAAAGGCCCAGUCGUCUUGUCUUCACAGAUGUAGCCAAAGCUCUCAACGCUUAACAGCUCUCUUCCAUUGGAUAAAAUCAGUUUGCGAGGUUUGCUGGCCUCUAUAAAGGGAAACCAGACUGUGUGGCGGAGCAACUGGAGCUCUGAUGAAGGUUAUCGUCACCAUGCGUGGAACGGCAGCGGUUGCAUGUAUGGUGGAGAAGGGCAACGGGAAGCAUCACGUAUGAUCUUGCACUGUUAUCAUAUGGGCACACAAAUGAAGUGGGAUGCACUUUUUUUAAGGGAAAAAAAUCAUGUCAUGUCAUUGCUGUUAAAAUAUUCGGUAGCUUGUCAGGAAAGUUCUUCUGAGCUUCAGUAUCUACGUCUAUGUUUCAUAAAAGAGAAGUGUAUAUCUGUGUUCUAGUGAUUUUUUUUUUUUGGUCCUACAUUCCUGACAAGAUUCAAAGCUGGAUGUGUUUCCAUCCUUAAGUAAAGUGUUUCUCCCCAGUCGGUUUAUUCUUUUGUGAGCGUUUAAGGAUUGUCUCUCUGCGUGUGUGUACAUUAAAGUUAUUUAAACCUUUUUCUAACGAAAUGUUCUUGUUGUACAAAUCUAGAACAAAGGAGUUGAUAGGUGAUAUUUUAUUAAUAAGUGAUGCGCAGACGUUGAGUAACACAAAUCACAAGGUAAAGAAUCAAAACAAAAUAUAUAUCACAGGUUUGUGAGUUCUAUUAAGGAAGUGGAUGAGGACACAUCAACACAUAACAUAACUACAAAAUGGUGUUAAGAGUAAGGCAUAAAAAGUUGAUUUCUCAAGUUACACUUCAACCUUUUCAAGAGUUGAAAAUGGAUCAAGUACUGUAUGUAACUAUAUAACUAUCAGUAAAAUCACAAAACAUUGUCCCCAUUUAGAGAGUAAAUAUCUAGACAGCUCUUGUAAAAUAACACACAUUGACUCAGCUGUAGUUAAAUUAAAAGGCACCCUUUAAGGCUGACUUCCAUUCACUUAUGGUCAUAUGAAUGUAGUGAGAUGAGUGAUGUGGACUACAACAGUACUAGUUUGACAGUUACUUCAAAAUUUCAUGAUCCACAUGACCUGCAGGUCUAAUGGGAACUAUUAGACAUAUUUAACCAAGAGUUUCCCCCAGAGAUGACCCCGGCGUGUUGGUUUUCAGAGGUAGUCCAGGGAGCAUAGUCAAAAAAAAAAAAAAAAAA